UUUCCAGAUUGGUUCACCUUAUCUAGAUCACAUAUGCAACUGUUUGAGCCCUAUGGCAUUCAGUUCUAUGCGUCCCUCAAAGUUUCAACUUUUUUUUUUUUGUUUAUUACGAAGAUGUCCAAAACUCUUCGAGCAAUCUAUUUCAUUAGUAGUAGUGCUCCAUUCCACACGCACCAAAUAAUUAAUCCCCCAACGUAAGGCAUUAUUGACUUCACUAGAUCUUGGAAAAGACUAGACCAACCUCAAUUCAUAGUUUCAACAUUCUUUAGUUAAUGAGGCAGCCGCUGCCAUAGUGUUAGUAGGUAGCAUUGUAAUUCUCUUCUCAAAUAAUGCUGGUUUAGUGGUUUUCUUUUUUAUCCUUUUGGUUUUCAUUAGUGGCCAUACCCCACUUUUGCCUCCGUAGCUGGGGGUCUCCAUCCAUAAAUACGCUUCUUGGGGGCGUGUGUUCUCCACACCUCUCCAUUUCCUCCUUCCUCAGCAGCUAAUUUAGCUACUUCCCAACCUUUUUUUUUUCAUGGCAUCCAACGUCCAAACAUCCCUGAAUGGUGCUAAAUUCACCAUUCCCACCACUCAUGACCUGGAGCAAUCAACAUUGGAGACGGAAGCCAAGGAAUUUGAUUACUCAAAAAGAUCCCAAUGGUUACGUGCAGCUGUGUUAGGAGCCAACGAUGGGCUGGUCUCAACAGCUUCAUUGAUGAUGGGUGUUGGAGCAGUUAAACAAGACAUUAAGGCCAUGAUACUUACUGGGUUUGCAGGCCUUGUUGCUGGGGCUUGUAGCAUGGCCAUAGGAGAGUUUGUGUCUGUGUACUCACAGUUGGAUAUAGAGGUGGCCCAGAUGAAAAGAGAGAAGCAAAAGGGUGAGCUAGGUGGAGAAAGAUCAGAAGAGGAAGAAGAUGGUGAAAAAGAGAGUUUGCCAAACCCUUUGCAAGCCGCAGCAGCAUCAGCUCUUGCCUUUUCUGCGGGUGCAAUGGUUCCAUUACUUGCAGCUUCGUUCAUAAAAGAGUAUAAGGUAAGAGUAGGAGUGGUGGUGGGUGCAGUGAGCUUGGCUUUGGUGGUAUUUGGGUGGUUGGGUGCUAUGUUAGGUAAGGUACCAUUGCUUAGGUCUGUACUGAGGGUUCUGAUUGGAGGUUUGCUUGCUAUGGCUAUAACUUUUGGGUUAACCAAACUGAUUGGAUCAAGUGGGCUGUAAUAUCAGACCCCCAACCUCUUCCAAUCUUAGUUUGUGUUUGCCUGAUGGGAUAUGUAAUGCGUUCUUUUCCCUUUCUUUUGUAACUUUGUCCCCUUUCCCCACUCUUACCAAAAGCUAUAAAAGUAGUUUAUCAUGGUUUAUGACCA